AUGCUUCUUCAAUGGCUUGAUAGAUUCGCUCCAUUACUUUUCCCUGUUGAGCCUUAUGCAAAUAUCAACAAGCACUCGUGCCCCUUUCUGUCUCAGCAAAAGCCGGAGAUUCAGACCGAGCCUAUAGUUUCACCCAACUGCCAGCCCCUGGAAACCACGACCAACCAAAGACAACUUGAUUGGCAGCGAGUUCUCACCAGGAUGAUUUUCUUUCCUAGGCUCCUUGACAGUCUAAUCGUGUUCGGUUGUCUGCUUCAGCCUCCUCUAAACCUUGCAACGAAGUGGGCUAAGUUCGGCAGGCCUGAAACAAUCUGGAAGAGAUACUCAAACGGUGGCACGAAUCCGAACUUAUGCACGAGUGCAAAUUCCUCAAGUCCAGACAAUAGACAAAUAUACGACUCAUCUGCAGUUUCCUGUGACUUACGUUUACUUUCUGAUACCUCUACCGAUUCAUCGCAGCUUAGCCAGAAUGAUGUGUUGAAAGCUUGCGCAUUAGGCGAAAUAGAUUCUUUCGAUGGACGUCCACAAACUGAGCAAUCUCAACAUCCAAUGAUGCGUACCAAUGUGGCAAUCGCCACAGAUCGUUGGCGGGCUCACGUAAGUGGCUUCCGUAUAGGAAUCGCUUCAGAUCCUGCAAAGUUUGCCAGCCUCACUAACACAGCUCAUCUGAUACAACUCCUAAACUUGAUCAUAUACGACCGCAAAAUGGAUCCGAAGACAAAGCUCCGCCGAUUAAAUGAAGUGAGCGAUUUGUUUUAA